CCUCGGGUAUCGUAGACGGAUGCGAGGCGUUGCCAUUUUUGCUUGGGCUGGAGGGUUCCGAUGGGCCAUCGCUGACGUCGGAGGACACGCUCAGCCGCCGCUCACCGUUGGACCGGCGCUGGAACCGAACAUUACGGCGGGAUUUGGACAUGAUGCCGAAAGAGGGAAAAUAAGGGGGAAGGGGGAGGGGUGAAGAGAGAGUGGAGGGGAUUUAAGACGAGAUCAGAGAGAAGAAGAAGAGUGGAGUUGGCUGGUUCAUGAGCUCAUGUGAAUCCGAAAGCGGUCAGCUCCGUCAACACGAGCGCGACUUUCUGGGGGGAAAAGGAUGUUUUGGAAAAAAAAAAGACAACGACAAUAAUUUGAACCGUGGAGCUGCGCCUCACCCGCCGAGUCCCUCAAUAAUUUUAGACCCUUUGCCUCGACCGGCCCUAAUCAGCUAAGCCCCAGGAUGAUCGUUCCCCUGUGAAGCUCAACUUCCCCCCGUCGGCGUCUCCACUUUUCUUCUCCGAUUCACCUCUCCCCAGUUUCGUCCUACCAAUACGCCGGUAGCACGAUUCAUGGCGGGGGCAUGGAAGACAUUGACGAUGAUUAUUUCUCCGACGACCUCGAUUCCCUGCCACCGGGUACGCUAUACGAGCUCGAGCAGAAUGCUUUCCAAGCAACUCAGGGUCCAGCGACACACCAGCAACAGAAUGCGCCGCUAGCUCCGAACGCGCCCGCCCAUGUGCACACGAGGCAGCCAGCUGCUACAUUGAAGCCGCCGCCCCGCCUACAUACCGGAUUGACGAAUGACUAUGAUACACUCGAGGUGGGAGAGUUGGAGGCAGAGGUUUACGAUAAUGUGGAGGGUCAACAAGCAAUUGCGCAGGCCCCUGCGGCAAUGGUCACUGAUAACGAAUGGCCUGCCAAUGGUGGCAUGGAAGACAUGAUGGAGAUUGAUCAUGAGUAUGGGCAAGCAAAUGCGUACGAGAUGAACGCACGCAUGGAUCAGCUCGAACAAGAAAAAGAACAAAUGCGACGAGAGUUGGCCGAAGCUAGAACAUUAGCCGAAACAAAAGCUGGAGAGAUCGCCAUCAUCCGGUCAAAACAAGCCCGAAUGGCUGAGGAGUAUGAUCGACAAUUAGCUGCCUUACGAAAGGCCAUGGCCGACCGGGAAAACACACACAAGGAAGCUGUCGACGCGGCAAUGUCAGAAGGCAAAAUGCUGGCGACGGAGAACCUCUUCCUCCAGCACGAUCUGGCUGAGGAAGUUCAUCAACUUCGGAAUUAUAAAACGAAACAUCGUGCCGUAGAGAACGCUGCCCCGGUCACUCCGAAGAAGUCUCGGGUACUUCCCCUUCGUGAUGGAUUUGACGACGACGAGAUCGCCGUGGUGUCACCCAGCAAGUCGGCAGCACGGUCCAAGAGGGGAACACCGACCGUGCCAGGGAAACGGAAACGACAGGCGAGCGUUGACAGCCCAGCUCCUUUACAGCUGAGCCCUGCCGGAGAGCUCAACAUGGUGGAUGCACCCACCGAUACCUCUGGAACAGUGUUUGACGAGGAGCCCAAAACACGCGACUCAGGCACUCAUGCGCAACUUAUGAAGCGGAUUUUGAACCAUAGGAUGCUCCCUAAUCAGCAAACCGAUCUUGAAGCAUUUGCUAGACUGUACUUUCCCUCUGAGCCGCACAAGCCACUAUCAGGUAUCCUCAUGGACGAGCUGGCUCGGGUAGACAUGGGCAAUUUCAUGUUGGAGUACAUGUAUACGAUUGGACAGCUCUGGCGGCGAGGACUGACGGAGAGGUUCUACGAGCCUGUUCCUCGAUUUAUGUGCAUUGCCAGAUACGUCUUGAUGAUGGACGAGGCUCCCUUGCCGGAUCUGAUUACCGCUCUAGUCGGUGUGCUCCAAGAUUCAGUCGAAGUCAACGCGGUUCCUCGGUUCAAAUACUCCCCAGCAGCUCGAGAAAAGGCACGAAUUCCGCGCUCAACGCCUCAAGCCGACUUGCAUCUCGAGGUUGAUUCGACCGAAGCCCUUCGUCUUCUCUACUAUAUCUCGUGUCAGUUAUUACAUGUCAAGGGCGCCUUAGACAAUUUUUGGGCACAUAUCCGCUACACAUUCAUCCUGGUAAUGUUACAUGGCUCGCAGCCACUCAAGGACAUUAUGGUUAUAUUGCCCUUAUUGUCAACCAGCAUCCGGGCAGACUCGUUUGGCCCCAUUAUGUCCUCAGAGCAGGAUCAAGCAGACGUCCAGAAAUGGAUUGUCGACCGUCUCUCCUUUAUGCUCAGUGAGGCCGCAAUGCCAGAUGAAGGCUGUGAGCCCUACACAGCCUACGAUAUCUGUGCCAUGCGCCUCGAGGUUCUGCUUCUGCUGGAGUCCUUAGCAUUCAACCCAUCAGCCCCAUCCAAAGACCACGGAAGUGCCAUAAUCGCAGCGCACCCAACGGCCUUACCACGUCUAUUCCGGUCGAUGCACGAUGAGCUAGAUGCGCUUUACUCCUCGCCACCCGAACAAGAACUCCGCGUCGCGAUGGUCAACGGGCUGAUGCGCCUUAUCUUCGGGGUCAUGCGCCGUCAUGGUCCGUUGAUCAACAUGCAGGAGAAGCUGGCAUCCGUGCCAGGAAGUAAACAAAAGCACCUGGUGGUCCUCACGCGGCUAGCAUUCUGCGAUGGGUCCGUUCUCGAAGCGGGCAUCGAUGACGAGACGGUAGAUAUGGCACACGAGUUGCUGGAGGAGUGGACAAACCCGCAGGAAGCGGAGUCACUGGCCGAGGCGUUCCCCAGUUCUCGGCGAGACUGAUCCCAAGGAGGAAAUGGCAAGCAUGGCGUUUGGCUGACAGAAGGAAUGGGCUUUGCAUAUCUGACAUGGCGCUGACGAUUUGGGGGUGAAUUGCAUGCAUCUGUCCCUACGAGUUUUACGAAUUUGAGAUACCAAUAUUUACAUAAAUCAGAGCUUUCAUCCCAUUCAUA